AUUUCAGGAGACAGUUUUAACAACAGCCAAAUAGUUCUGAGAAACUUUUCAAUAAUUGAUUGUGUGCAAAAUGUUAGAACGGAGAUAUUUUUAAUUGGGUUGCUCAAGGGAGACAACACUGGAGAUGGGUGUGCAAAGCCUUGUUGCUCUAUAUUCUACGCUAGUUUUUCAAGUCUAUUCAGAGAGUUCAAACUUUAGCAACCCUUGCCUCAAAGCUCAGUCCUGUGGUGAAUGUAUCCAGACUUCGCCAGACUGUAGUUGGUGCGCUGCUGAGGUGCUCGACAGACAGACUCCCCGCUGUGACAUUUAUGAAAACCUGAGGAAAAAAUGUGAGGACAAGGACAUCUCCAACCCAAAAUCACAACAGCAGGUGCUCAAAGAUGAUGCCUUUACCAGUGGUGGCGCUGGGGUGCCCCCCAAACAAGUCAAACCACAAGAUUUGACCUUUCAACUCAGACCAAAUGAGUUAGUGAGUUUUAAUCUGAGUUUCUCACAACAAGCUGACUACCCAGUAGAUCUGUACGUCCUCUUAGAUCUCAGCUAUGGAAUUGCUAGACAGAAAGAAGCACAGGAAAGAUUAAUAGCUUUAGGAGCAGACCUUCCUUUUAGCCUGCAAAGCAUUACCAACAAUUUUAGACUGGGCUUUGGAACUUUUGUGGACAAACUUUUGAUGCCUUACACAGCCUGGACUGACCAGAUGUUACAGUAUCGGUGUCCUACCAGAAACUGUAGCAAGCCACAUGACUAUAAGAAUAGAAUGAAUUUAAUGGAGAAUACUCAAAACUUUGCUAUAAAAAUGAGAGAAGCUUUAGAGGAUGUGUCACAAAGUAUGGAUGAUGCUGAGGGUGGUUUGGAUGGCCUUGUACAGUCCCUAGCUUGUGAUCGAAUUGGUUGGAGAGAUGUUUCUAGAAGAAUUAUUGUCUACUGCUCAAAUUCUUUGUUUCAUCUGGCAGGAAAUGGAAAGCUUGGUGGGGCAACCAGGCAAAAUGAUUUGAAAUGUGCUCUUAAUAACAAAGAUGAAUAUGAAAAUGAAAAGAUUUUUGACUAUCCAUCAGUGAGCCAGAUUGCUCUUAAACUGCGCGAGAAAAAAGCCAAUGUUAUUUUUGCAGUCAUGAGCAAUGUUUCAGAACAUUACCAUCGUCUUGUUUCAUUUCUUGAUGGUGCUGUUGUGGGGGAACUGGCAGAAAACUCACAGAAUAUUGUACAGCUGAUCAAUGAGAAGUACAAAGAGCUUCGGUCUCGUAUCAAGUUCCAGACAGAAAAUGCAGACUAUGUGGACGUAAUUUUCAAGUCCAAGUGUGCAGGAAAUAUCCUAAAAGAAACAAACAUGUGUGAAAAUUUAGAAAUCAAACAGACGGUUGAUUUUAGUGUUACUCUGAUGGUACACAGUGAUAUUUGUAAAGGUCAUACAGGAACUGUGGAGAAAAAUGUCACAGUGAAAGCUGUAGGUCUCAAUGAACAGCUGCUGAUUCGGCUGAAUGUAACUUGUGGGUGUGAGUGUGAGCAGCCAAGUAAAAAAGAGCCAAACAGUCAAAAAUGCAAUGGUGGAAAAGGAACAUUCGAAUGUGGUGUUUGUAGUUGUAAUUCAGGAUGGUAUGGUCGAAAGUGUGAAUGUAGCGAAACAGAAAUUUCAAGUCAUGAGUCCCUGCUAUCAUGCAGAAUGAGUAAGAAUGACACAACAACCUGCUCUGGGAAGGGAGAAUGUAUCUGUGGGGAAUGUAAGUGCUUUACACUGGCAGCUGAUUCAGCCCAGAAAUACAGUGGCCCGUAUUGUGAAUGUAACGACUACAGCUGUCCCUCAGGACCCAGUGGCUUAUGUGGAGGUGAUUAUAAAGGAACUUGUAGCUGUGGCAAAUGUCGGUGCAAAGAAGGCUGGUCAGGAGAUGACUGUGAAUGUACAGAAAGCAAUGAGACGUGUAAAACAGAAAAAGGAGAAAUCUGCAACAACUUUGGGACAUGUAAAUGUGGCAAAUGCUCUUGUGAUCCACAAUCUAAUAUGAUUGGACCAACAUGUGAGGAUUGUCCAACCUGCCCUAGUCAGUGCAGUGAGUAUAUUGAUUGUGCCCAGUGUAAGGCACAUGGGACAGGCAAACACAACAGAGAGGAAUGUGAUAAGACAUGUCAGAAUGUCAUGAUAGUAGACACACUUGAAAAGGAAAAUGGUGUAAGAAGUUGUGAAGGUAUAGAUGUUGAUGCCUGUGCUUUUUACUUCACCUAUCAAUACAAAUCAGAUAAUACUGUUUUAAUAAGAGCACAGAAAACAAAAGAUUGCCCUGAAAAGCUGAACUUGGCUGCAAUCAUUGGUGGAACUAUAGCUGCUGUUGUGCUUAUCCCACUUCUCAUUCUUUGCCUCAUCAUUUUUCUACGGAACCGCCAGGAUGCCAAAGAAUAUGCCGAAUUUUUAAAUGAGAAAAACAAAGCUCAAUGGGAUACGGGAGAAAAUCCUAUCUACAAGGAGUCACAAACUACUUUUCAUAAUCCAACUUUUAGAGUGACCUGAACUUCAGCUAUUUAGAAAAACAAUUUGGUGUUCACUGUUUUCAAUAGUUUUAUUAGGGUGUGAAAGAACCAGAACAUCUGACAUUUGCCAAACCAAACUCUGCCUUCAAUUAACUGCUCACCUUGCCAGUAGUAUGCAAGGCAUAAAAAUAUUUAAUCUUGAUAGUUCAUCUUCAUUUCUAACUAUUGUGAAUGCCUUUGUUAUUAAAUGUGUUUAAAUGUAACUUAUUGUAACUUAGUAAGUUAAUUAAGAGUAGUGUUUCUUGAAAAUUGUUUUCAUAUAGUAAUAUAUAAAUAUAGCAGUUGAGCUCUGAGCAUUCCUCUUUUGCAAUUAAAUGCAUGAAUAAAUUGGAAUAAAAUAACCCUUGUGAUUAUUUGACAUAGGCAUAGCUUAUUAAAAUGAUUUGUUAAAACAAAGUCAAUUCCUUAAAAUCACAAACUAUGUAUUUUAAUUUCCAGAUUAUAAGAUAAGCUAAGAAAUAUAGGCCUAGAAAUGCUUUUUAGAACUAUAACUAGCUUGAUAAAAAAAAUUUUGCCAUUUCAUUCUAUAUAGUCUUUAUGAUGUUUGUUGAUUUUAUUUUUUGCUGUGGCUUUUUAAUAAUAAAAUAACAUUAAACUUAAAAAAAAUAUUUA